UUAUGUUUCCUUCUAUCUGUAUCGAAUACAAUGCUCUAUCUUCCUCUAACGGCUUAUUCUGGUAGGGUUCGCGCAUGUAGAGUGCACUCUGCACCCCAUUGGUCACCCAUCCCGUGACGCCGUAACACAACAUGACGCGCGCCUAGCUCCUCUCUUCGCAGCUUGUUUCCUGCUGCAGACCCCUUCCAAAGAGCACGCUACUCCCUCCAGCAUGGGCUUGUUCGAAGACGCGCUGAGGACCCUAGACGACAUCAGCCACGAAGUCGGGAAGCACGCCAGCCACGCUGCAGCAGAUGUCGGCAAGGCUGUAAACGGCAUCGGGCAAGAGGUCAACAAGCACAUCGACCCUGCAACCUGGAGCACUCUCGCAAACUUCGGCGAAGAAGCUGGAAAGCACGUCGGCGCCACGGCGGACGACAUCUGGAAAGCGCUGCUCGGUGCGGGAGAGGAGAUGGGGGAAAAGGCUGGGCCUCUGGCGGACGAUGCUCGACACGCGCUUGCUGGCCUCGGACAAGAGGCUGGGAAGCACAUCGGGGGAGCGGUUGAGGAUGCAAAGAAGAUCGAGUGGGAGAAACUGCCAGCGGAGAUCAAGGAGUGGAUCGAGAAGCACCCUGGGGAAACCGCUGGUCUUGCUGCUGGUGUGCUCGCUGCUCCUUUAGCCAUGGCUGCAGUUCCUCCAGCUCUUGCGGCUGUUGGAUUCACUGCUGAAGGGGUGGCUCUUGGAUCCGCUGCGGCUGGGAUUCAGUCGGGCAUCGGAAACGUCGCUGUGAAUAGUCUCUUUGCUACGCUCAUGAGCGCUGGUCAGGGAGGCGCUGGUCUUGCGGCCGUCCAGGGAGUUGUUGGAGGCGUGGCUGGCGUGGCUGGCGUGGCUGGCGUUGGUGGUGCUGCGGUUCCAGUUCUGAUGGCGGCAGCGAGCGACCGUAAAAAGGAAGCGAAUGAAAGCGACAAUAUCAACGAGCAGAAAAGCGCGAUGGAUUUCAAAGAGGGUGGUGAUCCCGAUCAGGAAUACGCUGACAUCCAGCCUGGAGAUCUGACGGCGAAUCUUUAGACGACAAGGAGCAGAGCGCAAACUCGUAGGACACCCAACUAAUAUUUUUGCACGAUAUAUUUCUCCGGCUUCCCAGAAACCCUUCUGUUUCAUGUUCGCGCCUGCUCCAAGUGGUUCCGUGAGAUUGCGUCCUCCCUUCACCCCAUUGGUCGCUUUUCAUGGUUACACAGCAUAACGUGUUUGCCUUGUAGCUAUCAGCUCCUCAGCCUUGCUUCUCCCCUCCUCUCCACGCCACACCACACAACCUCACACAAGCCAUACGGGCGAUGAUGGCACUCAUCGGAAAUGCAUGGAAAGCACUCGACGGCUUCGGCCAAGAAGCCGGCAGGAACAUGAUGGGCGGCGCUG